AUGUCCACGGGUUCGGUGAGCGACCCAGAGGAGAUGGAGCUGCGGGGGCUGCACCGGGAGUACGCGGUCCCCGCCUCCAAGAGGCCGCCUCUCCGCGGCACGGAGCGCAGCUAUGUCUCGCCCAGUGACAACUCCUCUGCGGAAGAGGAGGACCCCGACGGCGAAGACGAUCGGUGCGCUGUGGGCGCAGCCGGCGGCGCCCGAGGCUGCAAGAGGAAGCGGCCGCGCGCCGCUGGGGGCGUCGGCGCAGGUGGCGGCGCGGGCAGUGGAGGCAAGAAGCCCCUCCCGCCCAAGGGCUCGGCGGCGGAGAGCAAGCAGUCCCAGCGGAACGCGGCCAACGCCCGCGAGCGCGCCCGGAUGCGCGUGCUGAGCAAAGCUUUCUCCAGGCUCAAGACCAGCCUGCCCUGGGUGCCCCCCGACACGAAACUCUCCAAGCUGGAUACUCUCCGACUGGCUUCCAGUUACAUCGCGCACCUGCGGCAGCUGUUGCAGGAGGACCGCUACGAGAACGGCUACGUGCACCCGGUGAACCUGACAUGGCCAUUUGUGGUCUCAGGGCGACCCGAUUCUGACACCAAAGAAGUUUCUGCAGCCAGCAGACUGUGUGGAACCACCGCUUAA